GUGUUCUGUUUACAAUUCUUAUUAUCCCACAUCAAACCAUAAAUCCUAAUUCAUCAAAGAGCUCUUUUUCAGUUUAGCCAACAAAAUCACACGCCCUCAGCGUCUCUGUUUCUCUCUCUGCCGCUACUUAUUCGUGGGGUUCUUCUUCCUUGCAUUUUUAUUUUAUUAUCUUGGUGUGAAUAUUCACUCAAACCCAUGAAACCAUUCAUGUGCACCAUGAACAACAACAACCUCAAAGAUUCAGAAAACUUCCACAACUCUUCAUGGACCAUAGCAAAACUAAUGACUUCCUUCUUCCUCUUAAUCUCCAUCUCCUACCUCUUCUACUCCCUUGGAUUCAUCACACAUUCAUAUGAUUGCCCUCAAAAAAAGCCUUACCCUUUUCCCACCACCACUCACUUUUCCAAUAAGACUGCUCCUCCCCCAUCUCAACACACCAACAAAACAACAACCUUUGAGGAGAAAAAAACCAUCAUUUCCCACAUAGUAUUUGGCAUAGCAUCCUCAUCAAGGCUAUGGAACCAUAGAAAAGAGUACAUCAAACUAUGGUGGAGGCCAAACGAAACAAGGGGAAACGUGUGGCUAGACCAAGAAGUGAAAAGUGAACCUAGUGAGGAGCACCUUCUACCAACAUUGAGAAUAUCCAGUGAUGUCUCAAAGUUCAAGGUCAAGAAUCCACAGGGGGACAGGUUGGGGGUUCGAAUCUCUCGAAUAGUGUCAGAGACAGUGAGGCUAGGGAUGGAGAAGAAUAACAACAAUGUGAGGUGGUUUGUGAUGGGGGAUGAUGACACUUUCUUUGUGACUGAGAAUUUGGUGAAGGUGUUGCAAAAAUAUGAUCACAAUCAAUUUUAUUAUAUAGGGACAAAUUCAGAGAGCCACUUGCAAAAUAUUCAUUUUUCUUAUAACAUGGCUUAUGGAGGUGGAGGGUUUGCAAUUAGUUACCCUUUGGCAGUGGCAUUGGAGAGAAUGCAGGAUAAGUGCCUUCAGAGGUACCCUGCAUUGUUUGGCUCAGAUGAUAGGAUCCAGGCUUGUAUGGCAGAGCUUGGUGUCCCUCUCACUAAGGAGAUUGGCUUUCACCAGUUUGAUGUAUAUGGCAACGUGUUUGGACUCCUAGCAGCACAUCCCAUUACACCCCUAGUUUCCAUGCAUCAUUUGGACGUGGUUGAGCCCAUAUUUCCAAACGUGGACCGUGUUGAGGCCCUAAAGCGGCUGAUUGGGCCCAUGAAACUGGACUCAUAUGGGCUGAUGCAACAGUCCAUUUGCUACGACAAAGCCCGGCAUUGGACCAUAUCCGUGUCUUGGGGCUAUGCGGUUCAAAUAUUCCGGGGCAUUUUCUUGGCCCGGGACAUGGAGAUUCCGGCCAGAACCUUUUUGAAUUGGUACCGGCGGGGAGAUUAUACCAGUUUUCCGUUCAACACGCGCCCUUUCAGUCGCAAUUCUUGCCAGAAACCUUUUGUUUUUUACCUGUCAAAUGCAACCUUUGGUGGAGUUGGUGAUGAAACUAUGAGUGAGUAUAUUCGGGUCCAGCCCAACCCGGACUGUAAAUGGAAAAUGCCCGAUCCGACCCAAAUCCAAGUAAUAAAGGUCCAUAAGAAACCUGACCCGCAUUUGUGGGACAAGUCUCCUAGAAGAAAUUGUUGCAGGGUUCAACCGUCAAAGAAAGAUGGAACUCUGGUGAUUGACGUGGGAGAAUGCAGAAAAGAUGAAUUUGCUCAUGAAUAGUUAAGAGGCACGGGGAAUGGCCCAACUUUCUGCUGAUAAUUCUCAUGUUCUUUAUUAUUUACUUACUUGUUGUUUUCAAAUGUGUAGAGUAUGGAAAAGACAAGUGUUACAUGUGUAAAUUGGUGUUUUUUGGGUGGGGAUUUUGUGAUUAUGUAAAAUAUUAUAAAUUACAUUGGACUUUUAAGAUGUGAUGGCAAUGAGUUUUUCAAAUA